AUGGACGCUUUUCUUGGCCACAAAGCAGAUGCCGCGCACGCAGAACAGAGUGGCGAUGAGGCCGUUUCCUUCGAUGGCCAUCCUUCCUUGACUGGGACCAGCGAUGUCGCCAUCUCGAGUCGUGCGACACCCUUUGAGCGCAAAGCUGCGCUGAUCAAUCGAGAGAUCGACAAAUUUGGUUUUGGGAGGUACCAGCAGUGUAUCUGGACCUUAUGCGGCUUUGGCUAUUUUCUCGAUCUCGCGUGGGCGCAAGGGGUUGGCCUGAUGGCGUCAGCCGUUUUUCAAGAAAUGGGUGUCCCUGCCGACCGGCAGGGUCUAAUUUUCACUUGCUCCAACGCCGGUCUCGCAGUUGGUGCCUUCACAUUCGGUAUUGUCACAGAUAUCAUCGGCCGCAAGUGGGCAUUUAAUCUCACCUGCCUGAUCACAUCGAUCUUUGGCAUGUUGCUGGCCGCAGUCAAGUACAAUUAUGCUGCCAUUUGCGCAGUCUACUUCUUGUCAUGCAUUGGGCUCGGCGGUAACAUUCCCAUCGAUGCCGCAAUCGCUUUAGAGUUUCUGCCUCAAAACCGCCGCUACUUAGUCUCCCUGUUGGGCAUGUGGCAACCGAUUGGGGUCGUGGUAGCAUCAGCGAUCGCAUUUGGCACCGCGGCCAAGUAUCGGUGCGAUGUGAAUCUCCCCGCUUGUAAUGCACCGGGCCUCGGCUCCGGGGAGGCAUGCUGCACCGUGUCCAGCAAUAUGGGUUGGCGAUACGAAGUGAUCAUUAUCGGUGUGAUCACCCUCAUGGUGUUCAUCGUUCGUUACUUUAUUUUCUCUUUCCACGAGUCGCCCAAGUUUCUCAUCAGUAAAGGACGGGACGAAGAUGCCAUCGAGGUCCUUCACCAAAUCGCCAAAUUCAACAAGGCCCCAAUGCCGACCCUCAGUAUUGAGGAAUUUGAGAUUAUCGACGCCGAUGCGGAGCUUCAUCAACGUACAGGCAUCGUCAAAAAGAACGUGGUCCAGAAGGUCACUUUCAUGCGUGGAUUAUUCAUGGACAAGAUCCAAUGCAUCAGCUUUUUCCUACUAGCCGUUGCCUACAUGGGUGACUAUUGGUCCUUCACUCUGGCGGGGUCUUUCUUGCCCAUUGUCCUUCUUCGAAACAAUAUCGGCAGCGGUAUCGACGUGACCGAGACUUAUCGUCAAUACAUCUACAUUUAUCUUCCGGGUAUCAUUGGCGCAAUCUUCGCCGUCUUCUCUGUUCAGCUCCCUCUUAUCGGACGAAAGUGGUCUCUAGUGAUCUCUGCUCUCUUGCAGGGCGUCUCCAUGGCCAUGUAUACACAAGUGAGAAACACGGCAGGUUACGUGGGUCUCAACGCACUGGAGUACAUAAUGCAAACGUACUUCAACGCCGUGCUUUACGCUUCAGCACCCGAGAUCUUCCAUACGACUUAUCGAGCCAGCGCAAGCGGCAUGCUCUCGUGCAUGGGGCGCAUUGCGGGUAUUGUCGCACCCAUUGCCGGCCAAUCGCUCAUUGCGAAGGGAACAUCAGGUGUGCUGUGGUUGGGAGCCGGCGGGAUCUGGCUCUCCGCAGUGCUGAUGUGUUUCCUGCCCGUUGAGAUGCGAUCAAGACAGAUGUUUUAG